AUGCCUGCCUCACAAGAUGACAUUCUGUCAAAAAUUUUGACAGAAAUCUCGGCCUUUAGGAGCCAUCAGGAAGCUACUAACAGUGAGUUUCGUUUACUACUUGGACAGAUCCCGGCUAUUAAGGCAGGACUUUCCGAGCAUUCGAAACAAAUCGCAGAUCUCAAGGCGCAAAACGAGCAACUCACACAAGAGGUAAUGAUUCUAAAGGAACAGUCCGUGCUUUCCCAACGUGCUGCAGUCGACCUUACAAAUCUCGUGAUAGCUGGUGUACCAUUUGAUGAAAAUAUCACUCCUGAAAACAUCGUUAAGGAAGUUUUCCGAGUCCUUGGUUUAUCAGACUUAUCUCAGUACAUUUUAUCGGUUCGUAAGCUCUCCAGAAAUGAUUCCAACAAUACUUUAAAUGCUGCUGCAAAUGGUGAAAACACGAUCAAAAAAGCCUCUUUCAUCGUUUCAUUAACUGCAACAUCGAUUCGGGAUCAGGUCCUUCACAAAAAAAGAUCUAAAGGGCAGUUAUCAUGGUCCGAGAUUUUCCCUGAUUGUCACAAAUCAGUUGCCAACUUCAAUAUCUUUGUGAACAAGAUGCUUCCCAAGCCCACUUAUAUGCUUCUACGCCAAGUCAAACGCAAGGUUAAACAAAUCGCCUACAAAUAUGUCUGGGAGGAUCAAGGCAAUAUUUACAUUCGCAAGAAUGACGGGGAACCUCGUCUUCUGAUCCGCACCGAAACUGAUCUCCCGUCUUCGGUGUCUCCACCAUCUGCAUCGUCAUCAUUGUGA